AGUACUAGCUGCUGUUAUAAAUUUUUCUUCAGCACAUUCACUCUUUUCUGUCCUCUCCUUACUGGUAGUUAUGUCCUCCCCCUUGACUGUGUGCCCCAUCCCUGUGUCCCCUUAUUCCCUGUGCCCUGUUCCCUUGCCUCCAUGGUUAAUUUGGCUCAGCAUGUACCUGUAGUAUAAAAAUGGGGACAUGGUCACUUUGGAGUAAAAAAUCUUUGUGCAAGUGGUCUGAGGGAGCAGAGGUGGGGAAGUAGCAGAGAUGCUACUUCUAGAGGUCAAAGAACAUAGCUGGGACAUGGGACUUUAUCAUGUUCUAUUUAACCAAACUGAUUUAACCCAUUGCUUUGGGGGAGUCCUUCUCUGUUUACAGUGAACUUCCCUGGUGUAUCCUAGCUAUUUUGAAGUCUCUGCUCUUGAUCUGCUUGACCUUCCUUCAUUCCUUCACCUAGAAGUAACUUUUUUUUUUCUGUUGAAGACCUCUUGAAGCACUAGUCAUGAUGUAUUUCUCAGCUUGAAACAAGUCAUCUUGGAUGAGCUAAAAAAAGCUUUAAAUUUGACUUGCUGUUUGUAACAGCAAGUUCUUGUUUACUAUGGAGUUGCUCUGCUGCUUAUUAUUUAACACUGUUUCACACUACUUUGCUGGAGACUUGCUCAGGGUAGAGAUGUUGAGAGUUGAAUAGAGAGUCAACAGCAGGGGGAAGCUAUCUCGGGAAAAGUGUUGGACAAAUGAGUCAAUGACUUCCGCCUCACUUUACAUGUUUUGUCAGUUCAAGAAUGAAUCCUGAAUUUCUCUUGUUGGUCAGGGAAACAUGGGGCAUGGGAGAAGGGGGAUGUGGGCAGCUGGUGUCAUCAUUCAAAAAUAAUAGUCUGGAAAGCUUAAACUCAAGUCUGCCUGGACAUGCACAGUUUGCCAAACAAAGCUGUACUUUCUUUUGUAUCUAACUAUGAAAGGUCUAUUUAUUAAUUCUGUUAGAUUAGCUUUCUGAUUCAGAAAAUAUUAAACAACAAAAAGACACAAAACAGUCCUCAGCUUGGAAAUGGUGUCCAUGAAUUCAAUGUAAAUUGAAGACUCCACAAAGGCUGAUCAUCCUGCUUUUCUCAUACUUGGCGCUACUUAAGUAGUCUCUUCAAAGUCACAACCUGUCCUGGCUACUAAACUGUACAGUACAGUAUCCAAUUUCCUAGUUUUGGUCUUAAGUUUCCAAAGCACUGUUUACUAAGGAGCUUUCUCUAGCGUGGUAAAUGGCUAUAUACUCGAAUAUUUACAGCUGUUACAGAGGUAUCCUUUUUUGCAUGACUUCGUAAAUGUUUGUUCAUUGUGACAUUGGCUUACACUUGCUUGGCUUUUUCAUAGUCAGUUGACAUCCUAAUUCCUAGCAUGAGAAUUAGUGACCCUUUUAUCCCCUAACUUAUUUUCAGCCUCUCCUCUCCUUCCCUCCCUCCAAUCUCACGCAAAUAUUCAAUAAAACACUCAUUGAGAUUUAUUUAAUUUUUGAAUAAGUAAAUAUUUGUUGGCCUCAUUUCUGAAAAAUGCUUAGCCCAUGUUAAAUAAUUAAACAGUUUUAGUGCCAUGUCUGAACUUUAGGGCCCUUCAGCUUUUUGCAGUGCUUUCACAAUUUUUAUUCCUACUGUGUAGACUGGCAGUGCUCUACUGAAAUGCUCUUCAUUUUUUACAGUUUAUUGCAAGUUCCACUGCAUCAUACAAAUUUGAUUCACUCAUGUCUCACUACCCCUUUACCUGCUCUGUGGAUAGGCUUCUUAUAUUGUGGAAGCUGACGACACAGUGCAGAGCCUACAGGUUUGAAGGCCAUGCAGAAGCACUGACAAGCGUAGACUUCUCACCAGAUGGGCAGGUGCUGGCUUCAGCUUCUCAUGAUCACACUGUCAGGCUUUGGAUUCCUUGUAUUCAUGGAGAAUCAUCAGUACUGAAAGGUCAUACAGCAUCUGUUCGGAGUGUGAGCUUCUCCCAUGAUGGCUGCUCUGUAGUUUCAGCAUCCAAUGAUAAAUUAAUAAAAGUAUGGAGUGUUAGCUAUCAGCGUCAUUUGUUUACCCUAUUCCAACACACUGGUUGGGUUCGCUGUGCCAAAUUUUCACCUGAUGGAAGAUUAAUAGCAUCUUGUAGUGAAGACAAAUCUGUUAUCAUCUGGGAUACAAGAAAUAAAAUCUGUGUUAAUAGCUUCUCAGAUUAUGAAGGAUUUGCAACUUUUGUGGAUUUCAACCCAAGUGGAACAUGUAUAGCUUCUGCAGGUUCCAAUAACACAGUGAAAUUAUGGGAUAUUCGAACAAAUAAGCUACUGCAGCAUUUCAAAGUUCACAGAGCAGGGGUUAAUUGUAUAUCAUUCCAUCCUUCCGGUAACUACCUCAUCACUGCUUCUACUGACGGUACCCUUAAGAUUCUGGACCUCUUAGGAGAAAGACUUAUUUACACUCUUCAUGGACACAAGGGACCUGUACUUUGUGUGGCUUUUUCAAAAGGCGGUGAAAAAUUUGCCUCAGGUGGAAUGGAUACUCAGGUAUUACUAUGGAAAACCAACUUUGAUACUUUGGAUUAUGAAGAUGUUCUCAAACACAAUUUUAGAAGAACACAUAUUGAUGAUCCUCCUCAUAUUCUUGAUAUUUACCCAAGGUCACCUCAUUUGCAUGAUGAAAAUCUUAAUUCAGUUGAGGUCGACCCUAGCUUUGAUGUGCCUGACAAGCAAACACCUGACCCAGUUGUCAUCAAUAUUAGACCAGCUUCAUGUAUCAGUACUCCUGUUACUGGCAGAAGUGAAGAACUGAGGAGUCCCUCUGCUUCUCCCUCAGCAAGAAGUUCAAAAAGGAAGGCAGAGAAUGAGAGUGGGUCAGCUGUGCAUAAUGUGGAACAGCAAAGAGGCAUCUCCUCCUCCGUGGGCAGGGUUUUGGACCACAUUGUGGGGCAGCUGCAUUUGUUAACUUUAACUGUUUCAGUCCUGGAACAACGUCUUACUAAUACUGAAGAUAAAUUGAAAGAAUGCAUAAAAGAUCAGCAGGAAAUGUUACGAGAAAACAGAACUAAUAAAAUAUGAAAAUGAACUAUAUUGAGGACUAUGUUUCAUAAAAUCACAAAAAAUGCUUUUUCACUGGAUUUUGCUAUGAGCAGAAACUUCAAAUCAA